AUGGCGUCUCCUAACGCUUUUCUCUUGUCGCCAUCACGAAGCAGCAACCAGAGAUCUCACUUCUUUCACUCGUCUUCGCCCGAUCUGCCGGCAAUUGGAGACAUAUUAUCGCAGGAUGCUAAAAGUCGACGCUUCAAGCAUGGCAAGGAAGCCUUGCUCAUCUCAUCCGACGAAGAGACGGAUAUCAAGAAGGCGGGCAUCAAAGAGCACCCUGAGUCUCUACCGAUUGGGACAACGCCCUCAGUUUCAAACAGACCUGGGACCACGGAAGCUGAUGAUACUUCGCUCUUGAUAAUUGAACCUCCUGCCAUGUAUACUCCCAAGACUCGGAGACAUCAUGCGACACCUCCCAAAUUCAGAGCUCAGUCUAGUUCUCCUACAAAAGACCAGCCCUGGAAAAUGUUCAAGUCAAAAGCAAGCAGCUCUAAAGAUGGGAUCGACGAGUCAAUGCCCAUAGGAAUUGAAAAUAUCGAGCCGCCCUCUGCUCAGCAGCCAACAGUUGACUCAUCUCCUCCUCUAGUCAGAACCAAGCCUACACGGGCUGAAAACGAUAUCAAUGAGCCGCUCAGGCUAGAGCCGGCUAUGGUGCGACGGCUUGACUGGACCCCUCCAUCCAACAAGACCACGGCUAUUCCUCCGAUUGGUUCCCCUACUCUUGAGGACCUACCGGAAGAAACUCAUGACGCAGCCAGGAGCUUUGAGCAGAUUCUCGAAGUCUACAAGUGCACCGAUAACCUACAGCAAGAUGUUGCCAUGCUCUCAGAUGAAGAUGCCAGCAUACUAAGAAAGCGAAAGCUCGUCGAACUUGUUACGACAUCUGUAGCACCAAUAGAGCCGUCGACUGAGGCCAAGACCAAGGCUCCUGCGAAGCGGAAAGCACCGAAGAAAAAGCCGCGCACCAUAACGGAAAUUGCAACAUCAGCAUAUCGAGCGCCAGAUCCGUCAGAAUCGGCGCCACUAGUCUUAGAUGACACCACUGCGAGCACAAUCAAGGAGCCAGAUGCCUCAACUACUAAAGGGGGGAGCAAGGCAAAGCCUAGGAAAAGGACCUCCAAAGCUUCAACUAAGAAAAAGAAGAAGCCAUCUCCACCCCCAAAACCAAUUCUAUUACCCCCAACCGAGGCUCUUCAAGAAGUUGCAAGACAAGAUUUUGUAUUUGGAACAUCAAGCCAGCUGGCAAUCGAAAAUUCGCCUACUUUUCUACGAGAACUUCACGCGGCAAUGAGGCGCUCGAAUCAAGCCGAGUAUAUAGAUCUCGACACUCCUCUGAAUAGUGACGGCAUCGAGCCUCCAGAACGGAAGAGACUCUGGGCUGCUGCUGCUCGGGGUGUUGAUGGAGACUUAUUUGACCUUGAGAUGAGCAGAAUCAUAGAAAGAUCAUCUCAGCCACUGCCGGUGAUCUCUGAAGAUGAUCCAUUCGGUUACACCGGCUUUGACAACAAGAUUACUGUGUCUACGGUGAGCAUCAAUGGAAUCGACACUAGGUCACAACGCGAGUCCUUGAUCGAACCUGCAAAUGUUCCGCCACCCAAGGCCAUUGAGUUCAUCGAAUUAGUAGAUGAAGACUCUAUGUUAUUAGGUAGUGAUAUCUCAACUGGAUCACCACUACAGAGGCGUAUCAAACCCGCUGGCGCGAGUCAAUCUGCAGAGCCACACGGCCCUUCUAGUAUCAGCGACCCAAGCCAAGCCGAGUACCAUGCUUCAAAGCCCUCCUUUGAACUGUUCACGGAUGCCCAACUAUCCAAAGAAAUCGCUUCCUACGGGUUCAAGGCAGUCAAAUCGCGGCAAGCUAAAAUUUCCCUGUUAGAACAGUGCUGGCAAGGCAAAAACCAGCUAGGACAUCCUGGUUCCAGCAGGAUGUUUACUACCUCUACUUCCACAGAAGGAAAUCCUUCAAAUAGUGAGGUCAAAACUCCUCGUGGGCGGCCGAGGAAGAACAGUGCCAGUUCGCCUGAGGCGCAAGAACCUCCCCCGUCGGCACAACCACAUGCUUCACCGUCAAAACCUAGGGGGAGACCUAAAAAGGCCGCUUCUACUGCAAAACGCACGACGACGAGCACUGCCAAGGGUAAAAGGGUGUCAACAAAGACUGCAGCGGAAGCAUCCACGACACGAAAGUGCAAACCAGCAGCCGCCAAAGUUGUCUUGGAGAUUCCCGAUUCCGCAUCUGAUAGCGACCGCGACAUGUCGCUAAAUCCAACUUCAUCUCCCGAGCCUGGCUUUUCACCGCCGCCAGCAAUUGACCUUUCCCUGUCUCUUGCAGACGAUACGGAUCCAUCUCUGGUACUCAGCUCGACUCAGGAUCGGGGUCUUAGCUAUGAGUACAUUACUAAAGCUGUAACAUCGGCGCCCAGGACAACUGAUCCGGCAAACCCUUCAUGGCAUGAGAAGAUGUUGCUCUAUGACCCAAUCGUGCUGGAAGACCUGACUACGUGGCUGAAUUGCGGGCAAUUAACGCGCGUGGGCUUUGAUGGCGAAGUAAGCACUAUGGAAGUGAAGCAGUGGUGCGAGUCGAAGAGUAUAUGCUGCUUAUGGAAGGUGAAUUUGCGUGGUAAAGAAAGGAAACGAUACUGA